AUGGGCUCCAUCACUGCAGCAAAUGCAGAAUUUUCCUUUGAUAUAUACAAAGAGCUGAAAGUCCACCAUGCCAAUGACAACAUCUUCUGUUCCCCCCUGAGCAUCAUUGCAGCCUUGGCCAUGGUUUAUCUGGGAGCAAGAGGUAACACUGAAUAUCAGAUGGAGAAGGUUCUUCACUUUGACAAAAUUGCAGGACUUGAAGGAACUGUUCAGACCAAGUGUGGCAAGUCUGUGAAUAUCCACCUACUGUUUAAAGAACUCCUCUCUGAUAUCACCGCACCAAAAAGCAAUUAUUCACUCCACAUUGCCAACCGGCUCUAUGCUGAAAAGACCUCUCCAAUCCUACCGAUCUACUUAAAAUGUGUGAAGAAACUGUACAGAGCAGGUGUGGAAACGGUCAACUUCAAAACAGCACCAGAUCAAGCCAGACAGCUCAUUAAUUCCUGGGUGGAAAAUCAGACAAAUGGACAGAUCCAGGAUUUCCUUGAACCAGGCUCUGUUGAUCUCGAGACUGUGCUAGUCCUUGUGAAUGCCAUUUACUUCAAAGGGAUAUGGAAGACAGCAUUUAAAGAAGAACACACUCGGGAAGUGCCCUUCAGAGUUACAGAGCAAGAAAGCAGACCUGUGCAAAUGAUGUGCCAGAACAGCACCUUCAAAAUGGCAGUGGUGGCUGCAGAGAAACUGAAGAUCCUGGAGCUUCCAUACACCAGCGGGGAGCUGAGCAUGUUGGUGCUGCUGCCUGAUGACAUUUCUGGCCUGGAGCAGCUUGAGAACAAAAUCAGCUUUGAAAAACUUACUGACUGGACCAGUCCCAAUGUGAUGCAAAAGAGGAUAGUGAAAGUGUACCUCCCACGCAUGAAGAUUGAGGAGAAGUAUAACCUUACAUCUGUCUUAGAGGCCUUGGGUAUGACAGACCUCUUCAGCCCUUCGGCCAAUCUGUCUGGCAUCUCUACAGCGAAGAGCCUGAAGAUAUCUGAGGUCGUCCAUGAGGCUUACAUGCAAGUGAAUGAAGAGGGCACUGAGAUGGCAGGUGCAUCAGGUGCGAUGGGAGUCACCAAACAAUCCUCUGAGCUUCAAGAGUUUAAGGCUGAUCACCCGUUCCUUUUCUUGAUCAGACACAAUCCAACCAACAGCAUCCUCUUCAUUGGUAGAUACUCUUCCCCCUAA